CUUGAAGCUUUGAAGCAUUGAAACUUACUUAGCAGUGAAAUGCAAUCAGCAACGACGCGUAGGCAUGUUCAAACUUUACUGACCCUUUCUGUGAUAGUGCGACUUGCAGUCUGGAUAUUAGUUUAUAUCUCUGCUCGCUCGCUUCCACUGUUCGAUGCAUCACCAAGCAUUUGGAUCAACGGAACACCCCCAUCCUCUAUCCUCCUUCGCUGGGAUGCGUUCCAUUUCGCGCACAUAGCAAGAGAAGGAUAUGUAUAUGAACACGAGUGGGCAUUCUUCAAUGGAUUGCCACUAUUGAUGCGCAUUUCGGACCACCUGCAAGCCCUGGCAGGUUUUGAUACGAACGGUUGGGGGACGCUUCUUCGAGGUGGAGCAGGCAUGGCCAUACUGUGCGACUCAACACAUGUGCUGUAUCACCUAUCAUUACAUUAUUUCCGCUCACCUUCCCUGGCAUUUUUAUCCGCUGCACUCUCUCUAUUAUCGAGUAGCCCCGUUGCGCUUAAAUUGGCAUCAUACAACGAACCAUUCUUCACAUAUCUCUCAUAUCGAGGCAUGCUGGCAUGUGCUCGCUCCAAGUGGGCUGCAGCAUCUAUAUGCUUUGCAUUGGCAAGCACGUUCAGGUCCAAUGGAAUAUUCCUGUCCGGGUUCAUACUGUGGGGUAUGCUGGUCGCGCCCUUUCUGACAGGGCAGAAAGAUCUACUUACUCCUAGACGUCUGCUUAAAUGCGUGUUGUUGACUGCAUUACCUCUGAUACCCUUCAUCCACCACAAUGUUACUGCAUAUCUGCUAUUCUGCAAGCCAUCAGCAACACACAUACCAGAUUGGUGUACGAACAAUAUGCUUCCUUCGAUAUACUCCCACGUGCAAUCCAAAUAUUGGAACGUUGGCUUCUUGCGAUAUUGGACUGUCUCCAACAUCCCAAACUUCAUGUUCGCGCUUCCUGUCUUGCUUAAUGUGUUUGCAUUCUGCUGGUUUUAUCUAUCGAACUUACCCGCCAUUAUUCCUCAUAUCGCCCCGCGGAUUCGCUCAAAAAAGAAUGACGUCCCUCCCCCUCCUCAGCUUGACUCUCCAUUUCUAUCUCCGUCCCUACUACCCCACGUACUCCACGCCUUGGCGCUCACGUUGAUCUUGACAUUCAAUGCUCACGUUCAGAUAUCACUUAGGCUUCUCCCGUCUCUUCCACUCACGUACUGGGCUGCUGCUCGUCUCAUGCUUGACCUUCCGAAGUGGGGGAAGGCAUGGGUCACAUGGAGUGUUUUGUGGGGUGCCUUGAGCUGUGUCCUAUGGGCAGUAUUUCUCCCACCUGCUUGAAAUUGUAUGUUAGAAAUUAGUGCAUGGUAGAAUGAAUGCACAUAUACCAUCAGGAAACAGCAAUUUGUCCCAACAUAGCGUACUUUAUCGUGACAUUGUCUUAGUCAGUUGCAAAGCGGUCUUCUCUUGCUUCUG